GCCGCCACCACUUUCGUCAAGCAUUGAGAGAUGCUCUGAACUAUUUUUGGAUUCUUGGGAUAUAUUAUCGGGAAGAAUUGCGGUCUCUUGGCUUUCGGUCUCAUCCUGUUCAGGAGCAUGCCUAUAUCGGGACGCUUGCGAAUACACAUCUUUAUUGACUCUUUUCUGCUUUCGACACACAUAAUGGUGCCGCCAAACGACACAACUGCGCAGAACGCUGUUGAACUACGAAAACCAUCUAGUCUACUAUGGGAAAAAGUAGACAGCAAGCCGAAACCAACCGAACAACCAAGCAGCGGUGAACGUUCAAAGGCUAGAAUCAACAUCUGGAGGGCCGAGAUCAACUCUUCGGACCUCUUCUGUGCAUGCUCGGGUCCGGCAAAAGCUCUCUCGACACAAGCGCAGACCUCCAAAGGAGUGUGUUCGAAUUGCCAUGCUGCCCUCAACGACAGCAGGCUGUCCCAGGGCCCAUCGAAGAGUGUCCCGAGCUUCGUGAGGGAUCCGACGGCCAAGCAACGAGACAGUACCGGCAUCAGUAAUCUGCAUGCCUUUGCGUCCGCGCCGUCCGCUUCGUCGGCUUCCCGCUCUAAGGGUCUGAGGAAGGCUGUCCGUGCGAUUUGGAGUCGGAAAGGAGCCGCGACUAGCCCCACGGCCGGCACCGCAGUCAACACGAAUAAGACGCCCCAGGCAUUGCUACGAGGCAAUGCGAACGAUGGGACUGGCACCAAAAUGUACCACUUGUUGCAAGACCAACCCGGCGAUGCGCCACACCAUUCUCUGUCAGUUUCAAUCCUGCUCAGCAGCGUGAGUAGCAAUGGGCGCGGGAAGCCAAAGCUAACAUUAGAUGACACGGCAGCCAGGCUCCGCCGCGCUCAAAGGCUCCUCCACGCCCAAGCUAGAGAGGAAGGGUGACAAGGCGCCUACGGAAGGUCGGUAAGUCGGUCAGCCACAAAUUGUCUGUCUUCUUUGGGGCCUGGGGAUCCGUGGACAAUGAGCAGGAGUACUUUGAGGAGGGUUACAAACCUAUAUGUAAGGUUGAUUGAUUGUGCAUAGGUUCCAGACGGGGAGAUUCAGGAUGGUGUGUAGGCAUGCCCACCGGCGUUUAGCGAUUGGGGUUAGAUUGGGGAUAUAUUGGUGAAUGAUGACUCUGGAAUACAAUGCGGGGUGACAUGCUCACUUGCCCAGUCGCUCGCAGCGGGUAAUAUAAUAGUUCUUAAAUAAUAUUUAACGUGGAUACCUGUCUACAGAAUCCAUGAGUAAUGGGGUGGUAAACUAUUCGAC